CGGAUUUGACAUCAUCCCACCCUCUCAAAAAAUCAAUUAAUAAUAUGCUAACUUGGAAACAAAUGGCUCAACUUUAACUAACCCACGGUCUCUGUUAUUAGUCUCAGAUCGACCAACAACAAAUAUGCCUCCCAUAGGUUGUGUCAACCCUCCCUCGGCAGCAAGGCUGUUCGUGCAGCUCUGCGUCCGCCGUAGUACAUCUUUCGCCGUAACGUCAAAUUCCAGCACCAUACUCGAUGUCCUGCUCCCACCGAGAAUGCAAGCGCGAGCCCUGCAUGUCAGAGGAGCCCGCCACAAGCCCGUGCGAAUCAGUACCACGCCAGCCGCCAGCCGGGUUGUAAAUGCGAUAAAGCCUCAGGGCCAAACAGCCCUGAGCAAGAGGGCCUUUACAACUUCGAGACCACUAGCCAAGACCUUCGCCAUUCACAAUCCCCAGAGAGACGAAGAUGGGAACGAAAUGGCAUUAGAGAUCACACCCCGAGCCGCUAAUCGUCUCUCGCAAAUCAUGUCAAAGGACAAGAACCCGCACCUCGCGCUCCGGAUCCAGGUGGAAUCAGGCGGGUGUCAUGGUUUCCAAUACCUGAUGUCCCUAACAACGCUUCCCGGUUCAUCGCUCGCACCAGACCAAGUAGCCGACGACAUAACUCCGUCGACGACGACCUCGGACACGCCCUCGCCGUCCGCGCUCAACGACGACGACACCAUUUUUGCCUUCGCCCCAGACGACGCUGCCGCCGAGUCCCCCGCAUCCGCAUCGUUCACGAGCCCCAAGAUCGUCAUGGACUUGCCCAGUCUCGAGCUCCUGAAGGGCAGCAAGGUGGACUACACGAUGGAGCUGAUCGGCAGUCAAUUCAAGAUUGUCGACAACCCGCUCGCAACGAGCAGCUGUGGCUGCGGAACGAGUUUCGACAUCAAAGCCUGAGCUGAGCAUCUACUUAACUACCAGCUUUCUCGAACUUCCUUUUUCUCCACUGCCUUCCGCUGAUGCGAUGCGAUGCGAUUUCCCGGGCUCCUGUCUCCA